GAAAUUACAAAACUUUAGAAUCCUUUUUAAAACUCAAAAACAGUACAAGUUUGCAUUACCUGCUUUGUAAGACAAUUCUCAGCAACAAAAACCGGAUCAAAUUAAGAUCCUACAUCUGUACACAGCACUGAUAGUCAUGCAGAAGUUUGCAGGGUUGAUUUCUAAUGCUUCCAUGCUUCUGACAUUCUUGACUUCUUCUUGGCCGUAUAUGUGUGUCACUGACUGUGUGCGUAACUUGUUUGUCACUGACUGUGUGUGUAACUUGUGUGUCACUGAUUAUGUGUAACUUGUGUGUCCCUAACAGGGUGAGCCUGUUGGCAAAGUACUGCAGCACUCAUCUCCACACUGUCAAACUGAGCUUCUGCCAGAUCAGCCCAGAGGCCAUCCACAACCUCAGCAGGCAGUGCAAACGGUUGAAGCUACUGCAUCUCUACGGCUGUGCCUACAUCCCUACUGAGAAGGAGAUCAGAGACAUCAACACCACUGUUACACUCAACCCGCUGACUUGAUACACACACACUAGAGCGUUGGACCAGUAACCAAAAGGUUGCUGGAUUGAAUCCCUGAGCUGACUAGGUUGAAGCUACUGCAUCUCUACGGCUGUGCCUACAUCCCUACUGAGAAGGAGAUCAGAGACAACAACCCCACUGUUACACUCUACCCGCUGACUUGAUACACACACACAGACACACUUAUUGUUGAAAUUGGUAACACAUCUGACAAACUCCUCCACGGUUACCACGACUUUGUAAAUACAGCCUGUGUGAUAUAAAGAAUGAAGAGUGCCCACAGCACAAGUGUGUCAAGGGCCCUCCUUCCAUCACCUCCUUCAUACAGUGAUGUGGUGUCAGGCAAGCUUUAUCCAAAUUACAUCUAUCUAAGCAAGGUACAAAUAUUUUGUAGAUUUGUUAUUAAUUUUUUUACAUGCUGAUUGUUAGUGAAAGUUUCCUAUUAUCUAGAGGCAGCAGGUGGCCUAAUGGUUAGCUCUUUAGACCUGUAACCAAAAGGUUGCUAGAUCGAAUCUGAGCCGACAAGGCCGUUUAACUCCCUGUUCAAUUUUAAUUUGUUCUUAACCGACAUGCCUGGUUAAAUUUUAAAAAAUCUAGUAGACAGAAAUGUGUAUUGGUCUUCUAGACUAUCUCUAUGGAAACGCAGUUGUUUUUGCUUGUGUUUCGUUUAUUCAACCUAUUGCAGGCAAUUGUGUAAGUGCGCGUGUCCGGGCACACAGUUCUUGUUUGUUUUGUGCCUGUUCUCGAAGUUGAGAGGCCAACACAAGAAGUAAGCCGCGUCAGCAGCUGUCGCACCCCACCUCUCACCACCUGUGUACCUGGCAAGAGACCCGCGGCAAGGGGACUGUCACAGCACCGCAGAGGACGACACAAGACUUGAUAAAUGAUACUAGGACGAAGGACGACACGUUAAUACCGUUAGCCCAAGGUGGUCGAAGUCCUGGAGAGAAUGAACGCUCUAUUUUUCUUUUCUUUUCAGGACCUCGAUAAGGUGAUUGACAGUGUUGAACGACUUGGACAAAAACCUCAGACUUGAAGUUCGUAAGGUGGCGGUAAAAGGAAUUUAACUGGUUAAAAACGUUGCUUUAUUGCUGUUGCCCAUAGUGUUCUUUCCCCUGGUGGUUUUCUGCGUGCUUGGUUUCUGGGGCUUUCAACUCUGGACUGAACCAUGUCAUUACCAGGCAUGGGUAGGGACCGGGAGAGUUUGUGUUCGCUCUUUCACGCUUGUGAUGUGGAUCAUUCUGGACAGAUUGAAAAAUACGAGUUUAUUCAAAUCUGCUCAGAGCUCAAUGUUCCACCGACGGAGAGAGAGCACAUAUUCUCUAAACUGGACACCGACAGAGACGGGACUAUCAAUCUAGCGGAGUUCAUUAGCGGCUUCCUCGGGAUCUCGGAGCAAGUGUAUUGUGGGAACAUGGAGAGCGAGAGCUGGGAAGUCUCUUCUCCGGCCUGGGAAGAUUUCCAGACCCGACUGGGGGACCAUGCCAAGUUCAUACCCAGGAAUGAGCAGGCAGCCACGCUGUAUCAGAACAUCAGUAUGGCAGAGCCCAGGAUGGUGCCUCAGUAUGAGAGACUCAUCAUGAGUUUCACCAGAGAGAUCAAACAACACAACGCUGAGAUGGAGAACCUGGCCCUGGCUGUCAAACGGGCACAGGACAAGGCCUCCAUGCAACUCAGUGAGAUGGAGGAGGAGAUGGAUCAACGCAUCCAUACAGCCGAGAACAACACAAGGCUUCAGGAAGCCAAGAGGGCUGAGGCAGCUCUAAGUGAGCUGAAGAGGCACUAUGAGUCCGAGGUGUGUGAGCUGCAGCACAAGGUCCAGAAGAUGAAACUGAUUGAAGACCAGUACAAGAACAUCAACAUGAAAGAUGAGUCUUCAACCCUGAAGAGGAAGAUCAACAAACUGACUCUGGAAAACCAGAGGUUGAAGCAGGAGUUGAUGCAGUCCCACACUAACAUAGCCUUCCUGCAGAGUGAACUGGACUCUCUGAAGAGUGACCUGACAGACCACAGCAUCAACUCGGAGGGAUACGAGGCGAUGAUGAGAGAGUUCUCUGAUGAAAGGGAUAACCUGGAGCGACAGAUAGAGAUCCUACAGGCAGCCAACAGGAAGCUUAAUGACAGUAAUGAUGGGCUGCUCAGGUCCCUUGAGAACAGCCUCAGCAAGAGCAACAAGCGUGAUAGCAGUGCUUCCCCAGCCAGCAUCAUUAGCAGGAGGAGCAGGAGCAACUGUUACUCAUCCCCAUACUUGGACAGGUUCUACCAGGCGGGUGUGGAGGAUGUUGAUGAGGACGAGGACCCACUGGGAGGCCUGUUUGGGGGUGGUGGUAGGGGCUCCCUGGGGUGUCGGAGGCCUGGUCUGGACACCAUAGCUCUGGCUCUGUGCGACCCAGGCAUGCAGCGCAGACAUAGCUACGAGGUGGACAGCCUGCCUGAGAGCUGCCUAGACAGCGGCAUGUCCACGCUGCGCGGCUCCAACUACGGAUAUGACUCUGAGCAGGAGGUCAAAGGGCACGAGGAUGAGGAGGAGGAGGGACAGAGGGUGGCCAGGAUCACAGAUGGCCUGGCGGAAGACAACUUUGACAACGACAUUGCAGAGGUGCGGAACAAGAUGGUGUUCGGAUCUGACAAUGGUUCUGUCCUGGACUGGAAACCCUUGGAACCAGUCAGCCGAAACAGCUCGGGAGCGUCCACACGCAAAGCCCUGUCCGCCAUCACCAAUGAGGCAAAGGAGAAGGAGUCAGCUGACCUGGGAUAUAUGACAUCAGAGAAGGCCUACCGGGUGGUGUUGGCAGGUGACGCGGCGGUGGGCAAGUCCAGCUUCCUGCUCCGCCUCUGCAAGAACGAGUUUCGAGGAAACACCAGCGCCACCCUGGGGGUGGACUUUCAGAUGAAGAGUCUGGUAGUGGAUGGAGAGCCUACCCUACUACAGCUAUGGGACACAGCAGGCCAGGAGAGGUUCCGCAGCAUUGCUAAGUCCUACUUCAGACGAGCCGAUGGCGUCCUCCUGCUGUAUGAUGUCACCUGUGAAAAGAGCUUCCUCAACGUCCGAGAGUGGGUGGACAUGAUCGAGGACGUGUCCCAGGACGACAUCCCCAUCAUGCUGGUGGGGAAUAAGAGUGACCUGAGAGAGCAGGCUCUGCAGGACGGGAUCACCUGUGUCUCCACCAGCUACGGAGAGAAACUGGCCAUGACGUAUAACGCCCUCUUCUGUGAGACCAGUGCCAAAGACGGCUCCAAUGUCAUAGAGGCCGUGCUGCAUCUGGCCAGAGAGGUGACCAAGCAGGUUCAUGGGGCUGAGAACCAGGAGUCUGUGACUAACCUCUAUAGAAAUCCCAACAAGAAGAUGCCCACCGUCACCUGCUGCACAGGAUAAGAUACCAAACAGAAACGCUACUAGAGUAACCAAAACUCACCACCUAAGGAACCGCAUCAACAGAACACUAGAACACUGUGUCCAACAGCAGAACAAGAGAACAAUGGGACUUCAGAAGAAUUGAACACAGGAGAAUCUGAUCAGAACACUAGAGUACUGUACAGUAACACUAGAACCACAAGACAGCUGGUUUUCUCAUAUAACAUCAACUGUACUGCUUAAUGCUAUAGGAUAACUCAUAUUGAGCUGUUAAGAAAGACAGCUUGUGUGUGUGUGUGUGUGUGUGUCUGUUUGUUAUUAUGCGCUUGCAUGAAUGCAUGGGUGCUUGUGUUAUAUGCAGAUGUCAUUCACAUCCUGGUUAGUAGUGAAAUCUAAUCUCCUGUGCUGUUGAUUGUGUCUUAUGAAACCUCUGUGUGUACCCAAUAGUCAUACAUUGGAAGUCAGAAGUUUACAUACACUUAGGUUGGAGUCAUUAAAACUUGUUUUUCAACCACUCCACAAAUUCCUUGUUAACAAACUAUAGUUUUGGCAAGUCGGUUAGGACAUCUACUUAGU